CAGAGCGGUGGGGGCUGGGCCGCGCAGAGCAGCCUGCGAGCCCGCCUGCGACCCGCGCCGCUCCGGGGAGGGUAGGAGCCGUGCGUCCUCUGCAGCCGCACUUCAGGGUGGCCUGCUAGUCGAGCGGGAGUCCAGAUCCCUCGGGUUGUGCCCAGCCUCCAGCGAGGGCUGACCCUUCGGAAGGCUCCUUCAACAGCGGGAGCAGUCCAGCCACCAUGACCGAGAACUCCACGUCCACCCCUGCGGCGAAGCCCAAGCGGGCCAAGGCCUCCAAGAAGUCCACAGACCACCCCAAGUAUUCAGACAUGAUCGUGGCUGCCAUCCAGGCAGAGAAGAAUCGCGGCUCCUCACGCCAGUCCAUCCAAAAGUAUAUCAAGAGCCACUACAAGGUGGGUGAGAACGCCGACUCCCAGAUCAAGUUGUCCAUCAGGCGCCUGGUGACCACCGGUGUCCUCAAGCAAACCAAAGGGGUGGGUGCCUCGGGGUCCUUCAGGCUGGCCAAGGGCGAUGAGCCCAAGAGGUCGGUGGCUUUCAAGAAGACCAAGAAGGAAGUCAAGAAAGUGGCCACUCCAAAGAAGGCAGCCAAGCCCAAGAAGGCUGCCUCCAAAGCCCCGAGCAAGAAACCCAAAGCCACCCCAGCCAAGAAAGCCAAGAAGAAGCCGGCUGCCACGCCCAAGAAAGCCAAAAAGCCCAAGGUUGUCAAAGCCAAGCCAGUCAAGACAUCCAAACCCGAGAAGGCCAAACCUGUGAAGCCCAAAGCCAAGUCCAGUGCCAAGAGGGCCAGCAAGAAGAAAUGACGAUGAAGGCUUUGCUUGUGGACACCCCUUCCUCUUUUCUGUAAAUACAUUUCUCUCUCGAUCUCGUCUGCAACCCAUUGCCCAUUCCAUUCUGACUCUUUACAAAAAGGACAGAGUUUGGAUUCCUCAGACAGACAUUGUGGAAUGUUUCCCUGUUCUUUAACCCAUUGUGCAAGGAUAGCCACAGACCUCAUCUUUGUAAUAAUGAAGAUGUACUUUUUUUUUUCUUGACUUGAUAUUAGCCUUCUUACGGGGUUAGGGAUUUGGGGGGCGGGGGUUGUUGGG